UACAUGCUAUCGUCGUCGCUGCUGUGCUCCUGCUGCUGGAGGAGAGAAAUGACCCGGAACGACGCGUGUCUGCUUCUCGGAGCCACCGGCGUCGGGAAAACGUUGCUGAUGAAACGUCUCGCAAAGUUUGGUUCGCAUGGAUCAGGUGAACUGCAGACAACUCCUUCUACCCUGCCUACAGUGGGAACCAACCUGACAGACCUGACGCUGAAGAAGAGGAAGGUGACUGUGAGAGAGCUGGGAGGCUGCAUGGGCCCCAUAUGGCCCAGUUACUUCAAUGACUGCUCCUCUGUCAUUUUUAUGGUGGACUCUGCGAACAUUGCUCAGGUAUCCUCCUCCUGUGUCCAGCUGCUGUCGGUACUCUCUGCUGAGCCUCUGCACAGUGCCUCUGUGCUGAUACUCUUCAACAAGAGGGACAUGCCCUGCACCAUGAGUCUCACAGAGAUAAAGUCAUUGUUUAGAAUGGAUGACAUCAUUGCAUCUGCUCCUCAGCCAAUCACAACACUGGAGCUCAGUGCCUGCUCUGGACAGGGACUUAAGGAGGUGCUCAGUUGGCUGGAGUCGAUCACAGUCAAGUGAUCAGUCAUGAGCUUGGUCCUUAAAAAGUGAAGUUGCUUUCUCAGGACUCGGGAGUAAUGGUUCCAAGCCUUUUCACAAGAUAUGCCAGUGAUAUCGGUGGGCCAAGACUGUGGAUGAGGAUGUAAUGAUGUGUUUACUGGUGGACUCACUAAAAAUGUGGCAAGACAUAUGACAAGACCGACUGGACUGGCAGACUGCAGCGUAUCAUCCGUUCUGCUGAGAAGGUGAUUGGCUGCAAUCUGCCAUUUCUACAGGACCUGUUUGCCUCUAGGACCCUGAGGCGUGCAGGUAAGAUUGUGGCCAAUCCUUCCCACCCAGGUAACAAACUCUUCGAGGUUCAUCCCUCCAGCAGGAGACUGCGGGCCAUCAGGACCAAAACCUCCCGCCACAAGACCAGCUUCUUCCCGGCUGCAGUUGGCCUUAUCAACAAGGCCUGCGACCCCCACCUGACUUGGACUCUUAUCCCGCCCCAAGUCUGUGUUACAUUAACACACAUAAUAGUACAUUGCACAUUGCAUAUUGCACAUCCACAUGUCUCUCCUGUUAUGCAUUUUGCAUUUUUUACUUUUUAUAUCUUGUAUAUAUUUUUGUUUUGUUUUAUAUAGUUAUUAUUAUUGUUAUUUUUAUUUUCUCUUAUCUGAAGAACUUAUUGUGUUUUUAUGUUUUAUGUUCAUUGUAUGCACCUAUAUACCAAAGAAAAUUCCAGGUAGUUGUAAACCUACUUGGCAAUAAAUACUUUCUGAUUUCUGGAUAACAUUUCUGUUAUCAAGAUGAACUGAGAAGGCGAUUCAUUGGUGAUAUCAUGAAAUUAUGCGAUGGCUUCAAGGUUGGCCAUUUUAACAUUUGUAGAGGCAGAGCAGAGAUUUCAGGCACAACAUAGUUCCAUGAUGAAUGGACAAGUGCAAAAAUCAGAAGAGGCCAAAACUUGAGCAAUACUUUCAUUAUACAGAACAACUUUAUUGUUAGACCGACGUGUUUCAGCUUGUCACUUUCAUCCGGGUCAUUUUAACGUUUUCUUAAAUGAACACUAGUGUAGCUCGGACCUGCUGCUAUUAACACAGGUCGCUGUUCCUAAUUGAAUGGCAGAUAAACAUUGAAUUGCAAGGAUUCAUGACUGCGUGGUCAUAGUUCUUGCGUCACAUUGUAACAUCAUGGGAAAGUUCAUGCAAUGCUAGGUAAGAAUUGAUCUGUCUGAAAUAAAGUAACCUCUUGUA